AUGGAACAGCUCCUGGAAUAUGGCAGCUUUUUGCUCAAUCCAUGGUCGUUGACCUUCCCGAUGUUUGUCGCCAUUGUCAUCGUAAAGGAGGCUGCCCUCCAAUUGACAGACUUUUGUGUCACAUGUGCGUGCCAAUGCUUGAAACCAUUGCCAAGCCGCACUGGAACACGAUCAUUGUACAAGAACAAGCUUGACAACAAGGAUGCUGCUUUCCUAGCCAUCAAUUCCCUCAUUGAGACAAUUUUUACAGGUCACCUGGCUCACAAGCUGUGGUACUCAUCAUGGAUUGAAAGAAGCUUUUGGUCUUUGGGCAUCCUGAACGGUCCGAUUGCCUUGUUGCUCUUGAUUUUGUUUAAUGACAUGCUGUACGCACCAGCGCACCGCUUGCUUCAUCACCCUUCUUUGUAUGCCUACAUUCACAAGCACCACCACCGCUCUGUGUACCCCUUCCGGGGAAACAUUGAUGCUCGCAAUGAGCAUCCCAUUGAGCAGCUGAUUGCCAUGUCCUUGUGGAUGAUUGCUGUUUACAUGACCGCCUUCUCCGUUGGGAUGCACGCAGCCUGUUUGGCGGGGCACUUGACCUUGAUGAUGACGGGGGCCUCGUUGAACCACGCGGGCUUUGAUCUGGAGAUUCGCUUCCUAGGUGUGGAUUGGUAUUCAACGGCUGCCCACGAAAUGCACCAUCGUCGUCCAGACAAGAAUUUCGCACAGUUCACGAUGUUCUGGGACAAGUUGAUGGGGACUUACAUCCCCUACAUCCAAGAAGAUGAAAAGGCUGACAAAGCCAACUAG